GAACAAAAAACAUCGUCUACAUUUUGGGUGUGUUGAGCGGAGAAAAAGAGGGAGAAUUGUAAUUCCAAAUUAAGAGAUCCUGGACCGCGACUGCUAUAGAGAAAAGAAGAUGCUGGACUGAGGCGAUCGAAACUUAACGCAGGAUAUGGUGAAUCGUUAAGAGAGACGUUUUUUUUAAAUCCAUAAUGGGUCUCUACAUACCAGGUGUAGCAGGAUUCGCAACAUUCUAUUCCGGAAUCCUGGGAGUGGGAAUAUGCGAGGCAAUACUAAAAAGAAAAAAACUCCAACAAGGACAGGAUCAAAUGCUCCUGGGGAAUAGAGAUCUUGGAAUUUUUUGUGGAGUAUUUUCUCUUAUUGCGACAUGGGUCGGUGGCGCCUUCGUGAAUGGAACUGCCGAGGCGAUGUACACAAGAGGUCUGGCAUGGUGCCAGGUUCCCAUUUGCUACAGUCUCAGUUUGCUUUUUGGUGCAAUACUGUUUGUGAAACCAAUGAGAAAGGCGGAAUACAUUACGAUGCUUGAUCCACUGCAGCAACGUUAUGGUGCCAAGGUUGGUGGUUUAUUGUUUCUACCGGCACUUUGCGGUGAUUUGUUUUGGUGUGGAGCGGUCUUACGAGCUUUGGGAAGUUAUCUCUCAGUGAUCACAGGACUAGACACAUAUCUUAGUGUUUGUGCUUCCGCUCUCUUGGCAGCAAUAUAUUCCCUCUUUGGUGGAAUGUACUAUUUAGCGGGAACAGAUGCUUUACAAUUAAUUUGCAUUAUGCUUGGUCUUGGAAUUUCUGCGCCUUAUAUUAUAUUUCAUCCUGCAGUUGCACUUGAAAAAAAAUUGGCUCGACAAGAUUGGAUUGGCGAAAUCAGAAAUGAAGAUCUUGGUCUUUGGGUGGAUGGUGCACUUUUAUUAAUUUUUGGUGGAAUUCCUUGGCAGGGUUAUUUCCGGCGAGUUCUGAGUAUGAAAAGUAGUUCAAUGGGAAGGACACUCUCGAUCACAUCGAUGAUCGGUUGCAUGGCUUUUGCCGUUCCAGCAGCAUUGAUGGGCGUUGUGGCCCGUUCUACAGAUUGGUAUUUAGUCGAGGGCUACAAUAGAACUAUAUCGAUGGAUAACGGAAAUGCAAUAUUACCUGUGGUAUUAAGGUUUUUAACUCCCCAAUGGGUGUCUUUUAUUGGCUUAGGAUCAAUGGCGGCUGCGGCAAUGUCUUCUGCAGAUUCUAGUAUUCUUUCAAGUAGCUCUAUGUUUGCUAGAAAUGUUUAUCGAUUCGCAUUACGACCAAAGGCAUCAGAAAGAGAAUUAAGGUGGAUUUUAAGAUUCGCAGUGAUUGCCGUCACUUCUCUUUCAGCUGGAGUUGCUAUUACAUUUGGCAGUAUCUAUCGAAUGUCAUUCUUGUGCUCUGAAUUCGCAUACGUUGUGCUUUUCCCACAACUUUUGUCCGUAAUUUAUUGGCCUUCUUUGGUAAACACUUGUGGAUAUUUCGCUGGAUUUGCUACCAGCAUUGUGUGUCGUUUGACAGCUGGAGAGGAAUUACUAGGAAUUCCAAUUUACGUAGAGUAUCCAUUUUUCGAUCGAAAAAAUAAUAUACAACGAUUUCCAUUUCGAACUACAGCAAUGUUGAGUGGACUUUUAGUACAACUUAUUGUUAGUUUCAUAACAAAAUUGUUUCUAAAAGACGAUUAUCCUUCAGGAAAGUCCAAAAAUCAAACUGGAGUUGUCCUAAGUACAUCAGGAGCAACACUUAUUGACUCAACGUUAAAUGAAUCAUCAAGUGGACCAAGUACAUUGGACGGUGAUAGAAUGAGCGCGAGCAUAACAAUGACAAGUCAAUUGAAUCGUUACGAUGCCUCAAAUGAAUUCUAUCAAAUUACUAAGAGCUGCACCGAGGAGAACAUUCAAAUAGCAAAUCAGAGUUUAAGAAAUUUGCAGAACUUACAAGAAACUGUGAGGUCACCCAAUCGAUUGAAUCCAAUUCCUCAUCCCCCGGUUAUCAACCACACUGGUCAAAUUCUUGGUGUGAGAAACCUGACCAAUUCAUUGGGUCAACCAGUGUUACCCAUUAAGGAGAUGAACAAUUGUUUGCCAAAUUCCAUUAUUAAACAUACAGAUGCAACGAUGCUGAAUAAUUCAACUUCCUAUGCUAAAUCUGAGAAAUUACGUGAGAAUGAUAAAAUUUCUGACAGAAGUAAUAUGGAACUCAAUUUAAAUCUUCAUGAUGGAACUGGAAUAUUAAAAAAGAAUGUUAAAGGAGUGAAAUUAAUUGGAAUGGAUACUGGUACUUUGAGAAGAACUUCCUUGCAGGGUACAUUUUCACCAACACCUUCUGUGGAAUUAGUUCAUAUACUGGAUAGAAGGCAAAGUAAUGGUUCCUUUGGUCCCAGUUCUUUGUCACCUGUGCCAGGAGUGGAGACUUGUAAAACACAUGGAACCGCUGUGGGAGGUCAUGGUGGCAACGAACAUUGCAGGAUCAAAAGAGGAAUUGUCAGGCAUCACAGUUUUAAUGAAACUGGUGAUCGAAUAUUGACAACACUUGCCAGACAACCGACAUAUCCAUCUAUGCCACUUCGUCCUGAAGAUGGACGUUUGACAUUAAGAAGAGACAAAAGGCCUCAUUCGAUAAUUGCUCGACAUUCAUCAGUAAUGGAGGACAAGAAUGUGCAUAUUUCAACAUUUGGAACAGUAACUAGUCCAACUUGUGGAAUGCAUAAUCCAACUAUGCAAACGAUGCAAACUUGCAAUUAUUUUUUGACUGAUGACGAAGCUGUCAGCAGGUUCUAAGUGUGAGUUUGAAAAAAAAAGAAAGUAUAAGAGCAAUCAAUACCUACAUCCUCAGUUUUCAAUUAUAAAUAAAAAAAAAUUUACAAGAACAUCAUCUAACAUAAAAAAAAUAAUUAACUUCAAAACAUUAUACAAGUAAAACAUGUCUAAUUCCCCAAUAUUAUUUAUUCUAAAAUAUUAAUAAUGUAAAAAAGUCUUUUUUCACUUUGAACAAUUAAAUUUUUUUUUUUUUUAAACUUA